AUGUUGAACGAGUACGUGGCGGAGUUCCAAAGCCUGCGCGCUGAGCUGGAAGGCUUGCUACAGAGCGUAGCAUCAGGGGGAGAUUCAUUUGCAGCAACAGAUUCCAAGCUGCGAGAGCUUAAAGACUGUCUCGAAGCAUUUGAAAUGGAGCUGCGUUCCAUGCCAGCAUCUGAACGAAGUAGCCAUUUAAGUCAGCUCCAAAUUUGCAGGGAUGAGUUCGCCAGGCUUCAGCGCAGAUGCUUGCUUGCGACGUCGCGGGGGCACGAACCAUCAGCGUCCGCCGAGCUGAAACGCGGAAACCAAGCUCUGGAAAGGCUGAAUAGUGCAACUGCUCAGGUAAUGCACGAAAACUCGCAGAAGAAACUGAAGAGGUUGGUGCGAAUAUCCUGUGCAACUUAUACAUGCAAAGGGAAAGCAUACAGCGAGCGAAUCGUCACGCAGAGCAGACCAACUCAAGCCUACGGGAGUCAAGUUCCCUAA